AUGUCGGCUCCUCUCAUCGGUCUUGGGCAAGUUUCCACUGCAGCUCCACUCUCAUCCGGCAACGCCAACACUGAGACGCUUCUCCAGAGCGUUCAGAAUGGUCUGACUGGCGGCCAAGGCACAACUGAAUACUUCAACCGCAUCAACAACAUGGCGCAGGUCUACCAGCAGCUCAAAACCAACGGCCGUAAGGCCUGGAUUCAGGGCACUGACGCCAACAAUCUUCCCGUCUUCUACGUUGAGAGUGCUGAUAACAUAUCUGGCAAGGUCUUCUUCAACAAGAUCAGCGUUAAUGGCCUCGACUUUGACGACAACGGCAACGUCAAAGUUAACGGUACCACGACUGUCAUAAAUGGUGUGACGUACCAAGGUAUUGGCGUUAUAACUAACACAGCUGGAUGGAGCGACUAUGACUUCUCCACUACGUCUUGGUGGCUCGGCGUUGGUAUCGUUGGAUCCAUUGCCUUGAAGGAGAUCUUCGACGCUCUUAAAGGCACCAUCGAAGCUGUGGCGAAUGUUCAGGCGGAUGUCAUCCAGAAUAUGGCUGACAACCCAGAGGCUGCUGAGGGGGGGGCGGAGGAGGAGGCAGCACAGGAGGAGGAGAACUCGAUCGGAAACGAAAGCAUUAGCACUGAAGCUAGCGAGGGCGUUGCCAUCGAAGAAGUCGAGGAAGCAGGUGCUGCAGAAUGGGGUGGGGUUUUCCUCGAAGCAGGCAUCGUUCUCGCCGUCAUCUUCGUGGUUCUAUCCUUUGUUCUGCACAACACGUUCCAGUACGUGAGAGUCUGGAACUUGACCCGGUAUAAGCUUGUCUGGGUAAUCAAGUUUGACCAGAGCCAGAUCACGGACGAGGGCCAGCUCGUCAUUGGUCCUGUUCAUUUCAACCCGGACAACAGUAUCAAGGACUAUCAGCCGAUUCUUCCCUUGAACAGCACUCCCGCUCCUCCUGGUGUCAAGCCUCCACCCACUGCGCAAUUCGCAGACAUGAACAUCAACUCCAGCAGUCAGUUUGCUGGCAUUGGGUAUGUUCUCCAGUACCAGCUGCAGGAUCCAACAUCUGGGCGGACCGUAUACACCGGCACCGCGUAUUUCGACCUUCCAUUUGGUGCUGAUAACUCUACCAACGUGACCUUUGAUCCGGUCUCAAAUCUACAGGAAUGGUAUGACGAUAAAUCUGGCAAUAACAAGAACACACUUGCCAGCACUACAACACCUGAUGGAAAAGUCACCUUCUUCACCACUUUUGACUACCUUAGUGGCAAGCACACUGUUCCUCAGGUACCCGAGGGAUCCCCUACUAGCCAGUACUACUACCAGUCCCUUGUCGCAUUUGUUGAGAAUGAUCUUCCGUCGGCUUUGCAGACUGUACCAAAGGCUCUCCCAACCAAGCUGCUCCCGGUGAGCCCACUGAACGGCGUUCAUCCCAAGAUUCGAAGACGUUUGUUUGGCAGACCUGGAAACGCUCCCAACGCCAAGAAGGUCUAG